AUGGAAGAGAGUUUGAGCAAAAAACAUAUUGUUCAACAAGAAAUUAGCGGAAUGCCAAGUUUUAGCCUAGGUGUUAGUCAGGAAGAUAUAUCUGAUGAACAAUUGAAUGUUAAAUCUGAAAUAAAACAAACAAUCAAUUCGAAACUUCCCGUUGUUGCAAAAUUGAAGAUAGAAGAAAUGGAGAAUCACAUCAACCAUUGUUUAAGAUCACCAUACAGGUUGAUAGAGGUUGAAACACAUAAACGAGUUACAUGUGAUGAAAAUAUUGUGUGUGAUUGGUUGUUUAGCUGCAAAGGAGAACCAAUUGAUGAAGUUAUAAAAACAAAAAGAGGUGAUACUACAAUUAGAGUAGCAAUGGAGAGCUUACUUCCGUCAUUUGAAAUAACUGCAGUUGUUCUUGAUUGUUGGUCUGAUCAUCUUAAUUAUGAUGAAAAUGCUCAGCAUGCUAAUUCACCAUCAAGAGUUUUUUGUAAAGUGGCUAUUACUGUUUUCUUCCCUGUUAUACGAAAGGAGAAUACUUUUCUAGUUGUAUUCAAUCUAAAUUCAACUGUUUACAAGAUUAUUGAUAAUGUUUCUGGAACUAUACAUGAAGUCGUUUAUGAUCAUCUUGCAGAAAAUCUUAAAAAAAUGUUUACAAUGUUUUUGAAGGAUAUUCAACACUCAUCUGCUACAAAAUGUAGUUCUGAAUCUAUGAAACUACAUAUAACUGAUUUGCCAUGGAAGACAGUAAAAGAAACUAAUGAUAAAGGAAUUUUUGCAAUGCGUCAUAUGGAAACUUACAAAGGAAAAUUAUUAAGGAAGUGGAACACUGAAAUAGAUUACAAUAUUCAAAAUGAGAUUGAAGAGCAAAAGAAUCAAAUAUGGAGAAAAAGAGUUGGUAAGAACAGUCCAAACAAAGUACCUCAAGAACAAAGAAAUAAUAGCCCAAUAGAAUUAGAUAGUAGUGUUAUGAAGAAUGCUGAAACUAAAAUGCAAGCAGGAAAAAGAAAACGAAAAGAAAUUACUGAAGAUGAUGCAGAAAUUGAUAAAGAUGUAAAAAGUUCAAGUGCAAAAACUUUCAAAAAGAAAAAGAAGUUUGUCAAGAAAGACAAAGAACCAAUAGAUCCAGAAAACCAACAUCAUUGA